GGGGAGGUCAGUCAGGUCAUUUUGUUUCCCCCUGGAGUAUUUUAUGGAAGUAAUGGAAGUAAACAUGAUGCUGUAAAGACUUUAUUAUAUAACAUAUCGUAAAUAUAAGCAGGUAAUUUAUUUCUACAACUAUUUACUACGACUACUAGUCUAAUAUUAAAACGGUUUUAUAAAACGAUAUGAUAUCACAUGGCACAUGGAUAUGACAGUUUGACUAUGCCAUGCCUAUAUUUAUACAAUACUAUACUAAUACUAUGCCAAAUACUGCCAAAUAGACUAUUUAUUGACUAUCGUCUAUGAUGAGCUGGUGAGUGAGUCAAAACUGUUUGUCACUCACUAAUCAUUCACUGACACUCAUCAUUCACUGACACGGUAAAUUUUGACUACGAUUGCCACUAUUUUCUCAAUGGCCGCCAGCUUGGUUAACCCGUCACCUGAAGUCAUCUAUCCCUAUGACUAUGAGUCUAUGAGCCUAUGCCUAACCUGAACCCUGAAUCGAUCCCUCAUAAUCAGUAAUGACCAUUUUCAAUCAAUUUAUUUAUUUAAAAUAUAACAUGUAUUAAUUUAAGUUAAAGCUACAGUUUUGUACUUUUAGUAAGUUCUAUUUUGUUUAUUGAAGUAGGACUAGACAAGUGUGACAGGGCAUUGUAAUCAUUGUUUUUUUCCUCAGUACUGCAGAGGUGUCUCUUAGAAAAAUCUACAACUACAACUUAAUUGUUUGAUUGCAACUGUUUAGUAGAUUUUAUUGUAUGUAGAACUCUGAGUAAACAGAAAAACUCUCUCCCCAGAGUUUUUUUGCAUUAAAUCGCUUGAAUUAUUUGGAAAAAGGUGUUAACACUGAUGAUGUCCCAGGAAGAGAGCAAACUAUCCACCUUUGAAAAAAGUUAAUGCGUGAAUGCCGUGAUAGUGAUAGCAGCAGAGAUACUAACACAUUGGCUUAUUUACACAUUUUUAUAAAGCUAAAUUAAAAAAUACAAUAUUCUGUUAAAUUUAUCUAGAUUUACUUGCAGCAUCCAGUGUUUUUUGACACUGAAAGGCUGAUUAGUCAGUAAGUAAAAAAAAAAGAUAGCCUACCAGAAUGGCAGAUUAUGGGGAGUUCCUAUUAUCUGCUGAUUAACCCUGAUGAACAUUUAAGUGAGUUAACUUACGUAAAGUCGGUCUGAAAAUCUUUAGUGGUUAUUUGCAUUUUAAAAAAAAAAACUGUUACGGUAAUAAUAAUUAUAAGACCUUAUGGACUUGGUACAAAGCUAGACCAGAACAUUGAAGAAAUUAGCAUAUUUAUAAAGAAGACACUUUUAAAAUAAGAAACUUGAAAAACAUGAAAAGUGUAAAAACUCUAUACUGUAAGUAAAAUUUGAGUUUAGGGGGACCCUGAAUAUUUGAAUGUAUCCAAUGUGUCAAAUUUUGUAUAUAUUUUUUGGGUAACUUCUUAAAUUAUAGGAUACCCUUUUUUCACCACUUUCAUUAUCUUCACAGACAUCCAAUCUCUCCUAACAUGAACUCUGCUGUAAUCAUAUCUUUCUUUGUUUAUUCCACACUUUUACACUGGAAUUAGCACUAUAAAAUUCCUGAAAUUCAGGAGUGAAGACUAUAAAAUUGAUUUUUUUGUUUUGUUAUUGCUUUGUGGACUAUUUAAUUUUAUAAAUAUUGCUUUAUAUUUAAAUAUAGAGGAUGCAAAAUUUAUAACAAAUCAGUUGUAAUGUUACUGUACCAUUAUUAAAGAAGAUGAUUAAUUUUGUAAUUAAUAUUAGCAAGAUUUGCGCCAAUUGUCUAAUGUGAUUUUCAUAAGCACUUCUUUUAGCUGGUUAAAAAUUUAUUUAUUAUAAUAUGAAAGGAUUGUCUACUAAUCAUUUAAAAAUGUAAAUUUUAUAAAAGAAAAUACCAACAUAAGGUUCAUUGGCAUGUCUAAUAAAAUUAGGUAUUGAAGCUUCUGAAGAUAUUUGAUGUUUUUUAUUUUUCAUUUUCAAAAAUAAUUUCUGGUCACCUUUUUUUCAUAUUUUAGGAAGAAUUAAAAAUGAGUGAGUAUGCCAGACGAUUAGCCUUUCUUUCGACUAGAAUUUUUGGAGAGGUUAUGAAGGGGACAACCUAUAGGAAUGAGAAGAUUGUCAAACAAAUGGCUGCAAAGCCAUUACAUCAAGAUAAUUUUGUGGUUAAUUACUACCCUCCCUACAUGAAGCUUGAUCUCACUUUUAAAAAUUUACGACAACAUGGACUAUUCAGGUACUUAUUAUUUAUGUUUUGAAUACUUCUAAAUAGGACUAUGUACUUAAAGCAAUAUGAAUCAUUUACCCUUAAAAAAGGGCCUGUCCAAAUGUUGGCAUAUCUGCAUACUUUGUUGUCCACAGUGCACUAAAAGAACCUUCCUUAAAUAUGAUUAGAAUAAAAUAGGCUCUUUUAAAAGCAAAAUUCUAUAUUGUAUUGUAUAUCAUUUAUUACAUAAUUACCGCUUUAAAAAUGUUGAUGUAAUUUAUUCAUUUUGAGGAUUUUUUGGCCAACAUGUAACUAUUGAUUUGUACAAUUUAUGAGAAAAUAAAAAAUAUAGACUGAAGAAAGAUUCUGUCUAGGCCUACACAUUUUGAGGAACCAGGAAUAUAAAAUAAGGCCCUUAGUCCUUAGCUGACUUUAAAUUGGACAACCCUGCUUUAAGAUAAUGGAGUGUUGUCAAUUUUUACAAUAAUUUUCUAAGAGGCUUGCUGGUUAGAGAAGAGAUAAUUUAUUUAUUUAGAGAAUAAAUCUACUCCAUUAGGUUAUUUAAUUAUUUAAUUUAUUUCAAGUAAUUUAUUUUCCAUGAUUGUUUCUUUACUUCUAAACAUUUGUAGAUGAUAAAAUUACAGUCAUGAAUAUUUUUUUUCUUGUAGGGAUGAACAUCAAGAUUUUAUUGAUGAAAUGAAUAGACAGAGAACUCUUAGAGGAAAGAUUAAGCCAAAGAAAGGUGAAGGGAAACGUGCUCUGAAAAGAAAGGCGGCUGGGGCAGCGUAACCUAAAUUAAUGUUUUUAAAUUAUUUUUGCUCUAAUUUUCAUAGAAUGUAAAAUUAAAAUAAAACAUUUUAAAAAAACACAACAUAUUAGUUAUUAUUAGUGUUGACUCAUUGAAAUAUCCUUUUUCUCAGUUAAUAAAAUUGUUUCCGUGUUUAAAAUUUUCUUACCUCUACUUCUAAUAAAAAUUCUUUAGUUUUGCUAGGGGGUGUUUUUUAAAAUUAUGGUAAUAGUCUUGGCUCUUUUACUUUUAAUCUGAUCAUUUGGAUUGUUUAAAAUGUUACUAUUCCUUAGAGAUGUUAACUGUUAAGGUUUUUAAAAUCAAUCUACUCUAAGUUACCGUACUAAGACGUCAAAUCUUGCUUUUGAUCUGUUGAAUUUGGUAAUACUAUUAGUAUUAUUAAUUAUGCUUUGUGAACUGAUAAA